AUGGACAAUAGAGAGUUGGCAAACGCCAAUCCUGUCGUGUUAAACCCUUCCGACCUGCCGACUCGCAAAAGACUCUCAGCAAGUCAACAUGGAGAAGGCAAGUCAUCGUCGAUUUUCUCGUUUCCUACAACGACUUUAAGCAGCGACCCGUUGUAUCAUUCCGAUGUCUCCGAGGCAUCGGACAGCGACGUCGAGUCAGACGCAGAAGAUAUCGAUGAGCAGGAGAUCUAUGACCUGAUAGCAACCAUGUCAGACCCUGAACAUCCUAUCACACUUGGUGCGCUUGCUGUUGUCUCAUUGCCCGAUAUCUCCAUCAAACCUACCAUGCCUCGUCGACCCGAGUCGCCGCUGAGAACUGUCACCGUUCUGGUGACGCCCACAAUUCAGCACUGCUCUCUCGCUACCGUUAUUGGGCUUGGAGUCCGUGUACGCCUAGAGGAGUCUCUCCCAGCUAGAUUCCGGGUCGACGUUCGCAUAAAAGAGGGCACGCAUUCUACUGCUGAAGAGGUGAACAAACAACUAGCGGAUAAGGAAAGAGUCGCAGCUGCGUUGUGGAACCCCACCCUACAAAGCUUUAUCAAAAAGAUGCUCGAAACUUGUGAGUGA